UGACAGUCCGCUUGCCAGUCUGGCAACGCCACGAAAGUCGAGUUGGCAUUUGGGAGAUUUUGCUGCGUUCGGAUCGAAAAAGUUCCAUAGUUAACUAUUUAAAACCCGAAGACGACUGCUUUAGCAAUUAGCAAACAAGUAAAUGUAUUGUUUAGUCAACUGCCAGAGAACAGUACUACGUGCGUGUAAAUAAGCAAGCGAUUUGUCUCCAACAUGUUGCAAAAUAAUGCGCCCUGGCUGCCACCGCAUCAGCAGCAGCAGCAGCAGCAACAGGCGCCGCAGCAGCAUCCACCUCCCCAGCAGCAACAUGCAGCGCCCCAACAGCAGCAACCUCAUCCUGCCCAGCAGCAGCCGCAGCAGCCGCAGCAGCUCUAUGCCAGCCAAAUGUUUCAGCAACAGCAGCCAAAUUACUGGCCGGAGGAUCAGCAGCAGCAGCAGCAGCAGCAAACGCUGAACUACAAUAACUACUUUGGGGGACAGCAGCAGCAACAGCCGGUGCAGCAGCAACACCCUUUGCAGCAGCAGCAGCAACAACUGCACCCGCAGCAGCAACAGCAACAUCAACAGCCUACGCAGCAGCAACAUGCAAUGCAGCAGCAACUGUAUUAUCCCACUCACCAGCAGCCCCAAGUCCCGGCUCCAGCGGAACCCGCUCUGGACUCGUUUGACAACAAUAAUAGCGGAGGAGGAGGCGGUGGCCGGACCGAUGGCUGGGGUGAUUGGGACGACUGGAACGACAACAGCAACAAUAAUAGCGUCAGCAACAUCAGCAACAGCAACGAGGCCUUGUUGGAGCCAUCGGGACAACUGCUGGGGGAUUCCUUCAACGUGCCGUCCUCACCAGGCAGUUGGCAAGUUUUUGCCACCGGUAAUAAUGUCAAUAACAACGUGGAACUGCCGCCACCAUCGGAUCAGCAGGCACCACCACCACCAUUGCAGCAGCAAUCGACACCAUUGUUGCAGCACCACCAGCAGCAGCAGCAGCCGCAACCGCUGCCGGAGCUUGGGCAGGAACCCGAACUGGAUGCCAUUGUGCCUCCUCAAGCGUUCCAAAACCAGCCAGCAGCUGCGUUUGCUGCACCAUUGCCUGCUGUGGAAUCAUCACUAUUUGCUGCAGCAGCUCCUACAGCGCAUCUCGCAGGGAUAGGAGGACCAUCAGCACCCUUGGUUCCUUUGGGAGUACCACCAGCAUCAGCAGCAGUAGCCUUGGUUCCCGUGGGAGCGCCACCACCAGCAACAAGCAUUGCACCACCAGCUGCACUGCCGCCCAGCUUGACUCCAGCGGCUGGCAAUCCAUUCAAACGCUCCACGGGUCUCAGCAAGCGGGUUAACAUAAUGGCCAAUCCGGCAGGAGGAGCUCCUUCGCCUCCGGCACCCGCUGUAAUGGCUCCUGUGGCUCCUGUGGCACCUGUGGCACCUGUAGCACUUGUAGCACCAAUUGCACCACCAGCGGAGCAGCUAUUUGGUGUGCCAGCUGAAGCUCAUGGAGAUGCUUUCAAUUUACUAGCGUCACCACCUGUUGAGGCUUCAUUUGGAGCUCCACUGGGUGUACCCACUCAUUCUGCACACAUUCCUGGUCCAGCCGCAUCGCUCUAUGCAUCACCACCAUCGGUGCCAAGCCUUCAACAGCCAGUCGUCCAGACCGUGGAACCGGACAACCAGGAGGUGCUGUCCGCUCCGAAUGACGAGCGGGCCCAGUAUUUGCAGACGAGUCACCUGUCCGAGCAGCUGGGCGAAGGUGAAGCGGAUCAGGAUGCGGGUCUGCUGCCGCCACCGGGCCUAUCGCGUCUGGUUUUGGGUCAACCGGAGUUGGACUCGCAGCAGCAGCGCCUGGUCACCGGAGCCACGGAGCAGCCACCGUUGAAUGUGGCACAGGCGGCUGCCCUGCACAUGCAGGAGCGUCAGGCGGAUGGCGAGGACACCUCCGAUGGCGAGCAGCAAGUGCGAAAUAUACAGACGCCACCGCGUCGCGUGGUCACGGGCGUGGAGACCAGCGCUCCUGUCUCGCUAUCCUUGCGAGAACAGCGCGAGGUGGUCCUCGAUGGCGAGAAUCUGGAGGAUCGGGAAGCUAUUCCGCCACCAGCUCAGGUCUUUACCCAAAUUCCCCCAACAUCAGUAGCAUACAAUAUGCAUCACAAUGCUCUGUCCGAUGAGCCGGAGCAGCUACAUCACAAUAAUCCGCCACAGGCACCGGCUCCAUUGAAUCAACCGCAGCCACUGUCGCAUCAGCAGCAGCAGCAGCAGCAGCAACAACAACAGCAGCAGCAACAGCAGCAAACACUGUUGCAGCAGCAACACCCAACUCAGCUGGAGAAGAAGCGUGUGUCGGCGGCAGGACGUCGGAACAAUGCCUCGCUAGAUUUAGAAUCCGAGGAUGAAUCGGAUGAGUUCCUGCAGAGCGAACGGGAGCGGGAUCGGGAACGUGAGCGUGAGCGUGAGCGCCGGGAUCAGAUGGAGGAGAGGCGUGGUCGCGGGCGCAGCCAUGGUCAUUACACAUACGAUGGCGAAACGGAGGACUCGGUACGCGGCGCUGCCCACCACGAUACCAAAUCCAUGAGGGAAACGCAUCACAGGCGCAAUCAGGAGACCACCCGUUCGCGUCGCCACCAGGAACCGGAGACGGAGCGGGAAAGGGAGCGCGAUAGGGAGCGUGAGAGGGACAGGGAUCGUGAGCGGGCCUGGCGACGACGAUCCAACAAGUAUCACAGUGGUGGCGAGGAUCAGGAGCGUUCCUAUGACCACUCGCGUCGCUACAACAAUAGCAACUACGACGGCGAAUCGGAUAAUCCGGAGAUUAAUCACCUGGGCGAAGGGGAGCUGGACGGUAGUGUUGGCGGUGGCCCAGUUGGAACCGGAGGUAAUGGCGGUCGGAGCAGUAAAGUUGAUCGCCAGCGACGCAGUGCCGCCGAAGAGGAGUUCGACGACUACGAACGUGAACGCGAUCGCAAUCGCAAGUACUCCAGACGUUCCACCAAGCAGCAGUCGCAAUCAUCGGCCGACAAAUCCCGCUCCUCCGGCGGACGACGAAGCUACGAGAAUCAGGGACGCAGUGGCCGCACGGAAGAUGGCCGCCGACGGAACUUGGACUACUACGAGGAGUACCGACGCAAGAGCUCUCGCAACAGCGAUCUCGAGAAGGAUCGGGUCAAUGGAGGAAACACAAGUGGCGGUGGCGGUGGCGGCGGCGGCGGCGGCGGAGGAGCCGGUGGUUCCGGUUCUGGCAAGCGUCGCAACUACGAUCAAUAUGCGGUUUCCGGUGCCUACGAUCCGUACGGAAUGUACGAGCAAAUGUCACGGAAUCCACACGCCUAUGCCGAUAUGUAUGCCAAGUUCUACGGCCAGAUGAUCAAUUCGAUGACGGCUGCUGUUUCGGCGGCAGCAUCGAAAUCCGGAGUUCCGGGUGCAGCAGCGAUUCCCGGACUGGUGCCCGGUUCGGUUCCGGCGGUGACCGCUGCCCAGUUGGUGGCCGCCACCAGCGGAGGCAGUGUCAGCGGGAGCAGUGAGGCCGCCCUGAUCAGGGAACGAGAAAGGUAUACACACGCAUACAUAACCCAAGCCAAUGAAUUCCAUCGUCACCAAUACAAAGAGCUGAUCUACCAGCAACAACAACAACAGCAACAACAACAACAACAUAGGAUGGAGGAUCACUUAAACUCCAGUUUUGCGGUUACAGAGGAUAAUGCCAGUUUUUAUGGAUCACGCGGAGGAUCCAUCUAUGGCCAGUACCAUCCAUAUACUUCGCUCUCCAGUGCGCGCUCGUUGAGUAAUUUAAACGGCGAUGGACGCAAUUCCCGAUGCGGACCGUAUUACGCUGGUUCCGAAUGCGGUCUCGAUAUCAGAGCUGCUGCCGAAGCGGCUCCUUCGACUUACGGUGGUGUGACCACCGCUGGAACGGUGAUCACCACCGCGGUGGUUCGUCCGCCACGCAGACGCACUCCAUUGCAGUUCAACCGGCCACAUUUGGUGGCCUCGUAUGCGAUGAGCCUGCUGCUGAAGGUGAAGCCAAAGUACGCCGGACGUGGACGUCUGCGCAACGACGUGGAGGUGGCACCGCCACGCAUCCGGGACGGAACGAGCAGCCUGCUGCGCAUGUAUCCGGGUCCGUUGCAGGGCCGCAAGUUGCACAAGGACAAGAUCAUCAGUUUCUGCAAGGAGCAGAUCCGACUGGGACCCACGAGGGGCUGCACCGUGCUCUAUGCCACGCAGAAGAAGCCGCAGGGCAACGUGGUCAAGUACCGUGCCUCGCAUGCGCUCAUGUGGCACCUACUCAUCCUGCUGCUGCGUCAGAAUGGGUACAUCGCUGAUACGGAUGUGGGUGAUCUGUUGCUGGAGAACCAGCAGGAUUAUCCCUACGAUCCCAGCGAAUACGAGGCGGAGACCGAACCAGAUGUGGAUGCUGAGCAGGAUGUUUCUGCUGCAGCCGAAAAGCCGCAGAAUUCGGAUUUGGAUAGCGAAUCGGGUGCAGCGGGUGUUGCGGCAGAAGAGACACCUGCAGCAGAUGCUGCAGCUAGCGCAUCCAAUGCAGCCGAUGCAGGAACUGCAACGGCCAGUGGAGGAGCGGGACAGACGGCGCUGUCGGAACAGGCGGCCACGGACAAGUUCCGCAGCUAUGUGCUGCGCGGCAAUGUCGAGGAGGCACUCCAGUGGGCCACCGACAAUGGCCUGUGGACGCACGCAUUUUUCCUGGCCCUCUACGAGGAUCGCUAUGCACUCACGGAUGUGGCCCAGAAGUUCCUCAACCGAGCGAUCAAGGCCAACGAUCCGCUGCAGACGCUCUACCAAAUGAAGAGCUGCCACACGCCGGCGUGCGUCAGUCAGCUGAGGGACGAACAGUGGGGCGACUGGCGCUCGCAUCUCUCCAUUCUGGUGACGAACAAGAGUCGCCAGCCGGAAUACGAUCGCAGUUCGGUGGUGGCCCUUGGCGAUACGCUUUUCCAGCGUGGCGACAUCUAUGCCGCACACUUUUGUUAUCUGGUGGCCCAGGAGGAGUUCGGGCGGUACGAUAGCUCGGCCACAGAGCUCACCACUCUGACCGCCAAUGUGCCCAGACUUAUACUACUGGGCUCAUCGCACUACAAGAAGUUCAAUGAGUUUGCCAGCAACGAGGCCAUCAUCAUGACGGAAAUCUACGAGUACGCACGGUCGCUGUUCGAUCCCAAGUUCAGCAUUGCCCACUUCCAGCACUACAAGUUCCUGCUGGCCACACGGAUCCUCGAUUACGGUCAGCACUUCCGCUGUACCAAUUAUCUGGAGCAAAUCGCCAGGCACAUCGAACUUAAGCCGGAGAGCUACGACAGUGAUUUUAUUCAGCGGGUCUGUGGAUUGGCCGAACGCUUGCGCUACCAUGAUCCCAUCCUGAUCAAUCGUGUCUCAUUUGCGAGUCCGCCGAAUGCCACCAACAAGGAUGCUGCAGCUCCCGAGGAAAAAGCCUGGCUGCGUCAGCUGCGUUCCCUGGCCGAUGUGCAACCUCAGCAGGAGCAAUUGGAGCAACUGCAACAGGAAAGGCAAAUCCAGCAGGAGCAAAACGACAUCGAUCAGCAAUUUGCCGAGGUUAAUAAGCAGUUCAGAGAGCUGAACAUGCAAUACGAGAGCAAUGUGGAGAGCACGCUGCAAUCGCAGCAAUUACCUUCAGUGGAUCAACAGCCGCAUCAACAGCAAGUUCUGCCAGAAGCGCACCAGCAGCCACCACAACAGUACUACGAGCCAGGACCACCUCAAGCGCCGGCCGAAUCGGAUCCUUAUGGCCAGGGACAACCGACCUACUACGAUCCCAAUGCCACUCAGCAUCAGCAUCACCAUCAUCAAUACGAUCCGAAUGCGACGCAGCAUCAAUACGAUCAGCAGCCUCAGCAACCGACUUCCACUUAUGGCCAAAUAGAGCCCGCAACUGAGGCUUAUCAAACAGGACAGCCAGCAGAUCCAGCUGCUGUUCCGUCUGGCUAUGGAUACGACUACUGGUCGGGCACACAGCAGCCGCCUUAUGGCGAUGAGCCGAAUGAGAAUCAAGCUGCGUUUAAGGAUGAGGAGGAGCAGGAUGAGCAGCACAUAUUGCAGCAGGCACAACUGCAGCAGCACCAGCAGCAGCAACAGCAGCAACAGAUGCAUCAGGUUAAGCAGCAACAGGAGCAACAUACUCGCAGCAAUGGAGCCGUCAGCGGCAACAAUCGUUUCAAAUCGAAUGCUCUGAAGCAGGAGAAGAGCAGCAGUGCAUUGAGGAAAAGACAUGAGACAUCGCGGGCAGCAACAAUAGCAGCGGCAGCAGCAGCAAUUGCCCAGAUAACACCAGCAACAGCAACAGCAACGACGACAGCGACAACAUCGGCCAAGGCAUUCAAUUUGAAUGAUUUGCAGCAGCAACAACAGGUGCGCCCGGCUAUUUCCAUGCCCAAGUCGAAGAGCUACGGAGAUGAGGAUGACGGAGGUGCGUCUCAUCCUGGCCAGAAACCCUCGCUUGGAGGCGCCUCCUCUGAGGCUGCCGGCAAACAGCAGGCGUCGGGCAAACAGUCCAAUUCCGGCGGCGAUCUUGGUGCACCUGGCAAUCAGAAUGCGGGCUGGUUUGGCGGACUGUGGAACAAGCUGUCGCUAAAGCCGAAGAACCAAAUGAUCCUGCCGGAUGACAAGAAUCCGACCAUUGUGUGGGACAAGGAGCGCAAAUGCUGGACGAACACCGAGGGCAAUGUCGAUGAGGCGGAGAGCUUUAAGCCGCCGCCCAAGAUGAGUGAUCUGGGCAUGGGCAUGGGCAUGCCGCCCGGACCAGGAAUGAGCAUGGGCAUGGGCAUGGCAUCGGCAUCGGCAUCGACACAGCCGCCCCUAAUGGCCACUAACCCAUUGGGUGGCCAUCAACCAGCACCGUCGAUGGACCAGCCGCCCCCGUCUCAGCCGCAAAUGUAUGGCAGUCCCAUUGAUUAUACGGCUGCUCCGGCGCCCGAAAUGAUGCCCACAGUUCCAUCGCCGGCGCCACUUCCUGUCCCAUCACCUGCACCGGUGGCAGCAGCGACUCCUAAUCCUGCGGCCACUCCCGGAGGACCACAGCCCAAGCUGCAGUCCAACAUGUUCAAGAUGCAACGCAAUCGCACGUUGAAGAACUCCUAUGUGGAUGUGUUCAAUCCCUCGGGGGCGCCCAUGUCGGCGGCGCCGGAGAAUGUUUGGCCCCCAUAAUGGCACCGGCAGCCGUUCCCCAGGGCGGUUACUUUGUCCCCGGAGCGGCGCCCACGCACCAGCAGUAGGGUGUCGGAUUGAAGCAGCAGCGCCUGCGAUCUGGAGGAGCUGGCAUCUGCUUGGAGGAGGAAGGAUGG